AUGAUGAGCGAAAAAGAGGAAACGGCAGCUGCGUCCACUGCAGCAGCAGCAGCAGACGCACACGCAAAGAUGGCCGAGGCUGAAGACGAACAGCAUGAGCAGCAGCAGCAGCAGCAGGAGGAGGAGGAGGAGGAGGGACCCAGGGAAGCAGAGGCAGGGAAGAGGAACAAGAAGAAGAAGCGUAUCAAGGGCAAAGUCAGGCGGCUCAUCGAACCGCUCAAGUUCUACUUCAGCGACGCCAACCUGAGGCGCGACCGCUUCAUCCGCGACUACAUCAAGAAUGAUCCAGACAACUACUUCCCCAUCAAGCUGUUCCUGAAGUUCAACAAGGUCAAGUCGGUCACCUCCCGUAUCCAGGACGUCAUGCACGCCAUCGAACACAUUGACACGCUCGAACUGAGCCCAGACAGGCAGAGGGUGCGCAGAAAGGACCCCGUCAUCAAAGAGAAGGAUGUGGAUGCAUGCACCAUCUACGUGGAGAAGCUGCCAGAGGCGUUUGAACACGACGAUAUCAACGCCCUCUUCUCACGAUUCGGUACCAUCGAGUACAUCAGCCUACCACGGUGGCCAAACAGGAAGCACAAGGGCUUUGCCUUUAUUGAAUUUGCAACGCCGCUCGAGGCAUCCGCAUGCCGCGCACACUACGCACACCAGGAUGUGCCGGCUGUGCCGAUGGCGGCGCGGUGCUGGAAGGGCCCACCAGUCGAUCCAGCCACACUGCAGGCCGAGACACAGCAGCAGCAGCAAGUACUUCACAAUGAUGGUGGUGAUGGUGAUGAUGAUGAUACACAUGUACACCAGCAGCACCAGCAGCAGCAGACACAGCAGGAGAGUACAGGUGGUGAUGGUGGUGGUGGUGGUGGGGCAAUGAUAACCCCUGGUGAUCCGGGUGAGGACUUUCGAGUGCUGCUCAAGAGCGAGUGGCUGAAUUUGAAGCGGGAGUACAAGGCGUUACAGCGGCGCAUGCUGUCAUCCAUCAAGUUUGCACACAGGCGCCACGACAACUACGACGGCUACCGCGACCACGAUGAUCACGGACAGCACCAGCAGCAUGAGGAGGAGGAGGAGGCAGUGACACCACCAACAGCAGCGACAACGACGAUGACAGGUGCAACAGCACCGAGCAUGGCAGCUGCUGCAACGAGUGCAGUAGUGGAGGGUGAGACGGCAUUUGAUCCUUCAACCAUUGUCAAGGGCGUUGUGCUGCGCCUUACACACAUUCCGCUCGGCGUCACAAAGCAGCAACUCAAGGAACAUCUGCAGCGGCGGACUGUGGAUGACGCCGGUGAGGGGCAGGCCAUCGAGUAUGUCGACUUCACGCUUGGCGACACAGAGGGCCAUGUGCGCAUGCGUGACAGCAGCACUGCGCAGCGCGUGCGGAAGGCGACGUGUCCCCCGGACGACGACGACCUCUGGGGGACAAUGAAGAUUGACGCGCUCAAGGGGCCGGCGGAGGUUGCGUACUGGAAACACAUACACGAGAGCAAGCUGCAGCGGAAACAGAAGCAGAAGCAGAAGAAAGCAAAGCGCGGAAAGAGCAAGUGGCUGGCGGCUGAGGCGAGCGCACCGCGGGUUGCUGCAACCACGCGCGACACCCCGCUGUCCAAACUCGCAGCACAGCGCAUUCACAUCACCUUUGAUGACGAGGAGGAAGAGGACAGAGGAGGAGGUAGAGGAGAAGGAGAUGUGCAACAGCAGCAGCAGGAGGAGGAGGAGGAAGGGCCAGCAGCCAUGCAGCAGCAGCAGCAGCAGCAGCGAACAGAGGCUGUUGGCCCGAGCCAGGCGGACAUUGAGGAAGCGCUGCGAGGGGAGGAGGAGACGCGGGUCAUGGCAGAUGCAGCGACACACACAACACCGCGGCCUCAGCGCAAACGGGAGCGCAGGAAACGGCGCUCGUCUGCCGGUGCCGGUCGCAUUGGCGGCGGUGGUGGUGAUGUGUGGGCAAGUGAGGGCGAGAGUGGUGCUGAUGGGAAGAAGCAGCACGGAAAGAAGACCAAGAAGGGCAAGAAGAAGCCGAAGGACAAGAGCAGAAGGAGCAUGCACAAGGAGGGCAAGAAUGAUGAUGGUGGUGAUGGCAACGACACGGCAGGCGGCACAGCGGACGAGGCGGAUGACGACAAGAAGCGGCAGGAGCGGCGGAGGCGGCGCAAGAGCGGUGGGAGGAAGAGCAGGGGCAAGGUGGUGGCGGCGGCGGCGGAAGGUGUCGAAGGUGGUGCUGGUGCUGGUGGUGAUGAUGACGACGAUGGAGAGCGGCCACGCAAGCGGGCAAAGAAACAAGGCGAGUGA